ACACUAACUGUAUUAAGAUUACCAAAUUGUGGCAUAAAUGCAUACGGUAUUAUGCAAAUAUAUUGCAUGCUUAUGGAUUUCAAUUGCUUGAGAGAUUUGAAUUUGGAUGGAAAUCCAAACGUACAAGAAAAUUAUCACUUGUUAUGUAAAUCUGUUGGAAACUUGUCAUAUUUAUCUUUGCAGUUUUGCAAGAUAACAGAUGAAGGAGUUAAAAAAAUAGCAGACGAAUUGCAAUACGCUGAUCCACCUAACGAACCAAAAUUGUUAGCUCUUAAUUUAGCAAAUAAUCGUAUCGGUGAUCCAGGAGCAUUAGAAAUUGGACGGAUGUUACGAACAAAUCGUUCUGUUCAAAGUCUGAUCUUAACAGGAAACAGGAUAUGCGAUGACGGUGCCAGUUUGAUAAUCCAAGAACUUAAUAUGUCAAAAUUAACGCAUAACGAGAUCGUGGAUCUUCGUAGACGUAGAUUCGAUGCUUUGAUAUUACGAGAAAAAAAGUUAAUCGAUUUAAAUCAAAGGAACCAAAAUGAACUAUCUAAAAUUAUUGAAGAUUUACCGAACUUGGAUAUUUUACAGACGAAAAGGAACAACAAGGUUUCGAAAAAAUCGAAUAAAUCCAAAAAACUUAAUCAUUUAUCUGGUGUAAUUAUUAAGCAAUUAUUAGCUUGCUUACGUUAUCAGACUUAUAUGAUGUUGAAUGAUACGAGCAAAGGCCUCCUUUAUGUAAGAAUAGAGGGAAAUGAGUUUAACCAAGAGGAUGAAAAAUAUUUAAUUGAACUCGAAGAAGUCUUACGGUACAGACAAGCUGGCGAAUAUUUGUCUCGAUCCGAAGAUCUAGAAGAUUCGAUUAUAUCGGAAAACGAUGAUCUAUUAGGAAAAUGAUUAAUUCAUUUUCGUACGAGUGAUAACGUUGAAAGAAAAAAAAAAACAAAAAAAAAAAAAGAAUAAAAAAUAGAAAAUUAGGUAAGGGAAAGAACAAGCAAAAAAAAAGGAAAAAAAAAGAAAAAAACAAAAGAGAAAAAGAAAAAGCAAAAAAGGAAACAUCGGACACGCGACAACGAGGGCGAACGAAAUUAGGAAGAAGAAAAACAAUGACGAUUAUUUGGAUGACGAGGAGAAAAAAA